GUGAGUGGUGGUUGAGAAAUAAGCGGAACAGGAAAACAACAAAAUUAAAUAGAAGUGAAAUAAAGUAAAAGUAACGGUAAAUUAAAUAAACACAAACAAAUUGCAGACAUUAAAGAGAGAGUGAGUGUAAAUAGAGCAAUUCAAAACAAUGAUACCGGUAUAAAUGCAAUAAAAUGCAUAAAUAAAUAUUGAAACUAGAAAAAGAAAUAAAUAGACAAUAUAUACACAAAUUAAAGAUAACAAUGAGUACAACUCAUGUAUAUUUUGCCGAUAUGCCAGUGGCAGCGGUUGUUCGAGAAGGCCAUACUCCCCUGGAUACCUUAAAUGAUGACGCAAUACAUCACAGCCGCAGUAUUUCACCCAAUUGCAGUGGCAAUUCGCCAAUACCUCGUUAUGAACGCAAUAUGGGCUUCUUUCGUCAACUGAGUCGACGUUUUGGUUUGAGGUCAAAUGAUGACCUAGUUUAUACGGCCAGCAAUGAGGAGGACAAUCAAAGUUCAUCGACCGAUUCGUGUUCAUCGCAUACACCACCUUCAUCGGCAGUAGCAUCAACAUUGUCAUCGACAGGCGAUAACAAUAAAAAAGAUACUAAUCUAUUGCUUAACUCUUCUUCUCAUUCGGCCUGUGCAGCCAAUGAGUAUGUAUCGUGUGCCUCGAGUGAAACUAGUAGUACAGUUGAUAUUGAUGAACAACUGCAGCAAUUGCAGUUGCAACAACAACGACAACAGCAAAAAGUUAAUAGUUCAGUUAUUGCGAGCAAUGAUGGGGAGACUGGUGACAAUAAUGCAGAUGAAAAUGUUGUAGAUGAUAAUAAUGAAAAUUCUGAUGAAGCUUUGAAACAGCCUAAUGCUUACAAUAAAGAGCGUAAAUCAUUUGCACGUUCUAGUUUUUCGCGCCUUCAUCGACGUUCCACCACCUCUUUAAGGCGAGCCUUUGAGGCAUUCUCUCUAUCAUCACGUUCCCUUUCCUGCAGUGGUGUUACACCCCCACCCACUUUACCCACGUCAUCGUCUACGGCAUCCACCAACAAUGGCACACCCAUUAAAUCUGCUUUGAAAUCUUCCUCUAACCUAGAACUCAAUAAGAAAUCACAAACAUCUUCCUUAGCAGUGACAACAUCAUGUCUUAAGAAAACUUCUUCGUGUUCAGCUUCAUCCUGUUCAGCCUCGAUAGCGGGUAAAGCAUCAUCCUCAUCAUCAUCAUUGUCGUCGUCGUCUUCUUUAAAAACCAAAACAAAACCACCGCCACAACGUAUACUACGUCAGCCAGUCUCAUAUACAUAUCUAAAGGGCAUUUCGGGUCUACCAACCCAGAGGGUACCACGUAAUUCGGUAUGUUGUCAGUAUGCCAGACGUUAAAUUUGUUAGAUAAAAUUUUUAAAUAUAUAGUAGCAGCAGCUAUAAUUUCAAGGAUGGGACUGACAGUAAAACAGCAGUUAUAGUGCAAUAUACAUACAUACAUACACACAUACAUACUUAAGUAAUUGAAAGUUUAAAGUUCAUACAUACAUGCAUACAUAUUUAUACUUACAAUAGAUACACAUAUGAUAUCAUACUCUUAUAUCGUACAUAACACUGUAUUUAAUAAUACACAUACAUAUGCAAUUGUAGAUAGAAACAUUAAAGAAAAAAAAUAUUUAAUUUUUCUUUUUUUUUCUUUUUUUGUUGCCAUAACAUUUUAGUUUGUAUGUGAUUAGAAAUUUGUUCUCAUUUAUUUUAUUAAAUAAAUGUGCGUGUGUCUAUAAAACAGGACACUAUAUAGUUUUAAUAUAUAAUUUCUUUGCAGUCUUAUUUAGAUGAUUCACAAUCAUUAAUCGCAAAUGUGUUUCAUACAAGUAAAACUAAAAAUAAAACAUCAUUUUUUUUAGAAACCGAAAAUAAAUAGUCCACUUAGUUAUGAUGAAUUGUUUAUUAGCUGUUAUUAAGCGAUUUUAAAUUAAUUCUUCUAUGGUGAUCAUUUCAUUCUAUUUACUUUCUAUUUUUGUUCUCGAAUAUUCCGAGAACCUUUCAUUUAUAAUAAAAUGCAUCCUUUAAAGAAAUUUUAUGAUAUCAUUCCUUUGAGGGAAAAAUAUGUAAUUGAAAUUAAAAAAUAACCAUAAUUUUAAUUUGAAUUUGAACUUUUGGAUUUUAACUGCCGGCAACUAAUGCCCUGUUUAAUUUAAAUAAUUUAUAUCUUAAAACAGAAAAUAAAUGGUAUGUGGACAAGUUUGUUUUCGGUUUCUGUGCCAGAAAAGAAAAAACUCAUUAAUUUACUCAUUUAUUAAACUGUGAUAUUGAAAACAUUACAAAAUUAUAAAAAAAUCCUAAUUUUGUUCAUCUUAUUCCAUUUUUAAACUCAACACCAUUUCCAAAUGUAUUCAAAAAUCAUCCUCAAAUACCACUGGGUAAAUUCUAGAAAAUUUCUAUUUUAAUUAUUUUAAAGAUCAAGAUUAUUAACAGUUACAAAUUCUCAAUUUCUUAGUUGAGAAAGCCAUGUCCGUAUAUGUUAAUAUGGUAGGCUAGAAGUUAGUGUUCCAGUCUAUCAGGCCAGAAGUAGAGGGUUCAAUUUCCUGACACUGAUGAGGAAGUGCACGAUAGGCCCAAUAGAGACAUAGAUGUAUUUUUUCUAAUUUGACGUAACAUACGUUCUAUAUUUAAAACAAAGUCAAAGCCCUAUAUAUAGACAUCAUUAGACUAAUAUUAAUAUCAUGAUGAUUUUAGGAAUAGGGGUCUCAAGAAGUCAGUGUUCCAGUCUAUCAGGUCAGAAGUAGAGGGUUUGAUUUCCUGAUACUGAUGAGGAAGUGCACGAUAGGCCCAAUAGAGACAUAGAUGUAUUUGUUCUGAUUUGGCGUAGCAUACGUUCUCUAUUCAAAACAAAGUCAAAGCCCUAUAUAUAGACAUCAUUAGACUUAUAUUAAUAUCAUAAUGAUUUUAGAAAUAGGGGUCUCAAUGAGGGAUUGGGAUAAUUAAAAAUCAAAUACUUACAAAUUUUAAUAAACAAUUGUGGAUCGAUUUAAUUUUUAAUUAAAGACCGAUCAUUUUACAAUUUGAUAGAACUGAGAACCGAUUCUCAUAAAACUUAGUAGAGUGUUUUUGGUUUAUAUAAAACUUGUUUAUAUUAAAUUUUAUUGCUAAAGGCCGUUAAAUUAAAUUCCCGAAGAAGACCUUAUAUGGAGGGUAGGGUCUAUCAUGUCAAUAAAAAGUAUUUUAAGCUCUUUUCAUUCGGACUCUAUCAAUAGACGGAGAUGGCUAGAUCAUCUUAUAAUCUAAUGGGUCUAUAUUUAGUGAUCUCUAUUAAAAGAAUAACAAAAUAUUUUUUGAAGGUUUUUCCAAUUUUUUUCAAAAAAAAAAAAAUUACAUUGAAAAGUAAUGAGUUUAAAACAGCGGAGCUCAAUAUUGCCAUUACAUAGCACGCGUGAUAGGGUAAGAAAAUUCUGCUGACGCUAAGUUGAUACACAUACACUAUGGGUUUAAUUCUUCUUCUUUUUAUAAUGAGCAAUAUUAAUUGGUUUGCUCUCAACAUGAAAAACAAAAUCAAAUCAGUUGCUGAUCAGCACUUGUCGAAGCAAGGUCUAUGCGCGACGUUUUUAAAAUACACACAGAAAUACAAGAACAAAAUUUUGAGAAAACCGAAUUAAUGUUGGAGAACUGUUGAUAGUUUUUUUAUAUAUAAACUUUGAUAUACUCUGGCUGUCAAAAUCCAUAAUAAAUAUUUGAGCAUUUCUGGUUUAAAAGCUAAACAAUCCGACUCCCCUACUUAUUCAUUAUUAUUUUAACAAAUUUCUUUAACACGUUAAUGACAUUGAAAGCAAGAAAUCAUUUUAACAUGGUAACGACAUUGGAAGGAAGUACUUACCACGGUCGCUUACAAAUUGAUAGUUAAAUAAGUACUUUAUAAUAGGGAGUUUAAAAUAUCUCUUAUUAAAAAUGUGAAAAUAAAACUUCAAAAUUCAAAACUAGAUACUACUUACGUAACUGAUAAUAUCUAAGUCAUUACAAGAGUACCUAAAAGUAAUGAAUUGAAAAGUAAGUGCCUAGUCAUUAGCGUGUUUUUGCUAAAAUGUUAUAACAUUAACACGAUUCCUGGACAUACAAUUUAGAAAAUAGCUAAAAAUUUAAAUAGAAAUUGUGAAUUUACAUUUAGAAAUUGACGGGAUUUCAAUAGCAAUUUCUGUUCUAAGAUUAAAAGGGCUUUGAAAUGUCAUUAAAAAAUUAUAGACAAAUUUUGAAAUAUAAUUUGAAAUACUUUCUAAAUUACAUACAAUUGGAAAUGUUAAAAAUCGUUAAAAAACUCCAUUACUUCAUCACUCUCAACAUCAUCUAGUUUAAUAACAUGAAGUUUAAAUUUUUAAAAUAAUAAUUUUAAUAACAAAUUAAAAUUUUGCACAUAAAUUUUUUUCUUAUAAAAAAAGCUUAAAUUUAUUACUUUUUAUAUUAAAACGAAAUUAU